UCGACACUGACAAGCCUCCCAGUUAUUAUAUAGCACAUCGACCUCAUACAUAUCUCAUUUCAGAGUUCGAAGCAGAGAAAUUCCGAUCAUGGCGUUAGCUUCUCGUCUCUUAUCGAGAUCCAGACAGAUACUUUUACAGCAGGAGCAUGGUGUUCCAGUUCGCUGCUUUGCUAAGGAAGCCGCACCCCCAGCCCUCAAGGGAGAUGAGAUGUUGAAGAACAUAUUUGUUGAGGUAAAGAGUAAAUUUGAGACAGCCCUUGGGAUUCUCCGUAAAGAGAAGAUCACCAUAGAUCCAGAUGAUGCUGCUGCAGUGUCUCAAUAUGCAAAAGUCAUGAAGACCAUUAGAGAAAAGGCAGACUUGUUCUCAGAGUCCCAACGGAUUCAAUAUACCAUUCAGACUCGGACUAAGGAUAUUCCAGAUGCUCGGACAUAUCUGCUCACAUUGAAGGAGAUAAGAGUCAAGAGAGGCCUCAUUGAUGAACUUGGUGCGGAGGCUAUGAUGAUGGAUGCCCUGGAGAAAAUUGAGAAAGAAAUCAAGAAACCACUUAUGAGGUCUGACAAGAAUGGAAUGAGUCUUCUUAUGGCCGAGUUCGAUAAGAUCAAUAAGAAGCUUGGCGUUCAAAGAGAGGAUCUGCCUAAAUAUGAGGAAGCAUUGGAACAUAAAAUUGCAAAAGCUCAGUUAGAGGAGCUGAAGAAGGAUGCUCUUGAAGCAAUGGAAACUCAGAAAAAACGGGAGGAGUUCAAAGACGAGCAGAUGAUGGAUGUAAAAUCAUUGGACAUCCGGAACUUCAUCUGAAUUUAAAGUUACUUGUUUACUUUGUGGGGAGAUUUUUGCCACAUGUUUGUUCGGCUAGAAGCCUCAGAGCAGUCUUGCUUGGGGGGCUCCACACUGAGGAUGGUCCAAUUCCUUCAUUGGUUUUCCACCCUGAAUAAAGUAUAUAUAUCAAUUGGAGAGUUGAAAAUAGUGAAUUCAUGAGAGAUUAAUUGCAUUGUUUUUAUUUCCA